UAUAUACCCUCUUCUUUCUUUCUUUUUUCUCAUUAGUAACAAUCUAUGUCACAUUCAUUUAAAGAAACAAAUUUCGGUAAGCCAACUUAUUGUGAUCACUGUCAAAAUUUAUUAUGGGGCUUUGUUAAACAAGGUGUUAAAUGUUCAGGUACAAUAAUGAUUUAUUUACUACCAUUAGUAUAAUCACUAAACAAAUAUAAAAAGAUUGUGGAAUUGUUUCUCAUCAUGAUUGCCAAAAGGAAAUUGCACCUUGUAAAGAUAAAAAACUAGUAACUAAUUCAUCAAUCUAUUCUACUACUGAUUCGCCUGCCACAAAAUCCUUGCUUCGUACUCUACAGAAACAACCAGUGGGCUUGAAUAUCCAAGCAUCAUCUUCUAAAAUGAGUGUGAAUAAUGAUAGUGCAUCAUCUUUUAAGAAAUUAAAGACAAUAGCGACUUCGGACGAAUUCCAAAAUGUGCUUGUAUCAGCAGCUAUGCAUUCAACUGAUACAACCUUACCACCCAAUGAAUAUCUUGCUAAUUUACCACCACUAAAUCCACAAAAUACUGCAAAAAACUUCUCUCGAUUUGUUUCAAGAUGUGGUCCUAUGUUUACUUUUAGGGACAAUGUUAUUCUCUUGUUGAGUUGGAAUAAACCCGUAGACACUUUGGUAGCUUUACUUAUGUAUUGUUUAAUAUGUCUUCAUUCUAAGCUCGCAUUAUUGAUACCCCAUAUAAUUUUAUUUCGGAUUAUUAUAACUGGAUAUACAAAACGAUUUGGCGAUGAUAAAAAUGUGAACACUAACGAUAUAACAAAUGAACAAAAACAAGAGAGUUUGCCGCAUAUGUCUACCUCAACAGCAACUACCAAUAAUGUAGGUUCCUCCACGAAUCGAUUUAAUUUUACAUCUUCCCUUUAUCCAACAGCUUCUGACGAAGCUUCACCAGAGUACUUGAAGAAUAUGCAAAAUUUGCAGAAUAUGAUGGGUGAAAUGAGUGAUCUUUAUGAUUUGAUUGCCUCUAAAAGCCAUUAUGUAGAUUGGUCCUCUGAAGCAGUAACGAUGCGAGUCUUUCAAUUUGCUUUGAUUUCAUUUGUUUUCAUAAUGAUGUUGGUUUGGUUUAUUCCAUUAAAUAUUAUCUUUUUGAUUGCGGGAAUAACUCUCUUUUUGUUAAAUACAAGAUUUGCUAAAUUUGUUUUGAAAGAAAUAUUACCUCAAUUGACUGAGGUUGGACAAACACAAAUUAAUUCAAUCCUACACUGGUAUACUCAAAUUGAAAAAAGAUUAGAUGAGCAAUCAAAUGUUAAAGAAUUAUCAUUAUACGAAAAUCAACGAUGGUGGCCAGAAAGUGGCUUUAUUCCUCACACAUUGUCUAGUGAGCGCGGAUUAUGGACAGAUAUGUCUGGUACAAUUGAAUUAACUCAUAAAGAAGAAUUACCUGCACCAAAGGGCUAUCAUUGGAUUGAAGACAAUUGGACAUUAGAUACUACAGGGCCAUGGAUUGAUGAAACACUUGAAAUUGGUAAAAAAAAAAAAAAAAAGGGGGAGUUUAAUGAUAUAAUAUAUGUUUGA